ACUUGCUGCGCACUUGGCUGCCAGAGGCUCAGGCCCUUCAUCAGGGAGAAAAUGUACAGCCAAGUUGAGCAUCCUGCUGGAGGCUACAAGAAGCUCUUUGAGACUGUGGAGGAGCUGUCCUCUCCAGUGACUGCCCAUGUCACAGGCAGGAUUCCCACCUGGCUGCGAGGAAGUCUCCUGAGAUGUGGUCCUGGUUUGUUCGAGGUGGGUGCAGAGCCCUUCUAUCACCUCUUUGAUGGUCAGGCGCUCCUCCACAAGUUCGACUUCAAGGAGGGUCAUGUCACCUACCACCGAAGGUUUGUCAGGACUGAUGCUUACGUGAGAGCAAUGACCGAGAAAAGGAUCGUGAUAACAGAAUUUGGCACCUAUGCGUACCCAGACCCAUGCAAGAACAUCUUUUCCAGGUUUUUUUCGUACUUCAAAGGUGUGGAGGUCACUGAUAAUGCGCUCGUUAACGUCUACCCUGUUGGCGAGGAUUACUAUGCCUGUACUGAGACCAACUUCAUAACCAAAAUUAACCCAGAUACAUUAGAGACAAUUAAGCAGGUGGAUCUCUGUAAAUACGUGUCUGUCAACGGGGCAACAGCUCAUCCCCAUGUUGAAAACGAUGGGACAGUUUAUAACAUUGGCAAUUGCUUUGGAAAAAACUUUGCACUCGCAUAUAACAUCAUACGGAUUCCUCCACUUCAGGCAGACAAGGAAGACCCGAUGAACAAGUCGGAGGUGGUGGUUCAGUUCCCUUGCAGUGAUAGGUUUAAGCCCUCUUACGUUCACAGUUUUGGGCUAACCUCGAACUACAUAGUGUUUGUUGAAACACCAGUGAAAAUCAACCUCCUAAAGUUCCUUUCCUCCUGGAGCCUUUGGGGAGCCAACUACAUGGACUGCUUCGAGUCCAACGAAACCAUGGGGGUCUGGCUUCAUGUGGCUGAGAAAAAGAAAGGCAGGCUUCUCAACAUCAAGUACCGCACCUCAGCCUUCAACCUUUUCCAUCACAUUAACACUUAUGAAGAUAAUGGAUUUCUGAUUGUUGACCUCUGCACCUGGAAGGGGUUUGAGUUUGUUUACAAUUACCUCUACUUAGCCAAUUUACGGGCAAACUGGGAUGAAGUGAAGCGACAGGCAGAGAAAGCUCCGCAGCCAGAGGCUCGCAGAUAUGUGCUACCCCUGAACAUCGACAAGGCUGACACGGGCAAGAACUUGGUCACCCUGCCCUACACAACAGCCACGGCCACACUGCGCAGUGAUGAGACCAUCUGGCUGGAGCCAGAAGUGAUCUUCUCAGGGCCGCGACAUGCCUUUGAAUUUCCUCAGAUCAACUACAAGAAAUACGGUGGGAAACCUUACACAUAUACGUAUGGGCUGGGGCUGAACCACUUUGUUCCAGACAGGCUUUGCAAGCUGAACGUUAAAACAAAGGAGACCUGGGUAUGGCAGGAGCCGGAUUCAUACCCAUCGGAGCCGAUCUUCGUUUCCCAUCCAGAUGCCCUGGAGGAAGAUGAUGGGGUUGUGCUGAGCAUCGUCAUCAGCCCGGGUGCGGGGCCGAAGCCCGCCUACCUCCUCAUCCUCAAUGCCAAAGACAUGAGCGAGGUUGCCAGGGCUGAAGUGGAGGUGAAUAUUCCUGUGACUUUCCAUGGACUCUUCAAAAGAGCGUGAGUGCUGC